CUUAUUCAUAAUAAUUAUAGAAUUUUUCAAAACAAUAUCGAUGGAAAAUAGCGAGAUGAACGAUGAUGAUAUUAUAAGGAAAAGAGCAGCUAGGAUCAGGACUCACGGGUUGAAAUACCCUCUACAUCCUUACCAAGUUGGGUCCUGGAUCUUUUACUUUAUCAAUGUUGUCAGUUAUUAUUUCAUUGUUUUGGUGUCCAUUAAGCAUCAUACUGGUCUUGUGAUCACUAUAUCAGCUAUUUUUACGAUACUAAUUAUCGUAGUAGCUAUUUUAGUCACAAUUGCAACCUUGAUUGACCCAACAGAUGAUAUUGUUAAACGAGGAAAGAAAGAACCAUCAGAAAGCUUUGCAUUUUAUUGAAAAAUAUGUCAAAGUAAUGUAUCUGAUAACUCUAAGCACUGAGGCCAGUGCAACAGGUGUGUGGCUAACUUUGAUCACCACUGAAAGUGGCUGAAUAACUGUGUGGGAGACGUAAACUAUAAAUUGUUUAUUUACCUCUGAAUCUCGGUUCUUUCCUUUCAGGUCUAUUACUGAAUCAUACUGUUCUAUUCAGUAUUAGAAUUCUUUAUAAAUCGUGAAGAAUAUGAGGCAUCUUUGAGCGAUCUUUACGGAAACGAAACUGGAACUCCAUUCGUAGCUAUUUCUAUCAUUAUUUUCGUCUUGAACAUCCUACCAAUUGUGGCAAUCUUGAACCUACUCUCGCUCCACAUCUGGUUAAAGAAGAAAGGACUUUCAACUUAUGAUUACAUAAUCCAGAAGAGGGAGAAACUGCAGGAGGAAUAUAACAGGAAAAUUAAAGAACUCCAGCUUCGGAUCAGCAAUGAAGAGCAGAAGGAAAGCAAGGAUGAUAUCCACAGUGGCCGGUCAGAUUUUCCUGUGGGAAUGGCCAAGAAGGACAGCAUUGGUGAUCAUAAGAAUAAGAGCACAAUCUUGCAAUUUAAUGAUGAUGCUUCAAAGGGCUCUCUUAUGGUCAACAAACAUAAAAGAAAUGAGAUAGAUAUUAAAGCAGACAAUGAGUAUUUAGGGAGUAAUGAAAAUAACAAGAGCUUAUCUCCGGAAGUUGAACAAGAGAUGGGCUUCAGGAAGACAGAUUCAUCCAUGUGGAAGCAGAAAGAUGGUACUCCCCAUACUUCUGAUAUUUGUCUGAAUGGGACAUCUGAUAACCAGGAGACUAAGGAUGAGUGCUACCAGAGUUCAAAGAAUUUACAUCAGGAUAUCUCAAAUUUUGCCCAUAGAAGACAAGUUAAUAAAGCUAAGAUUUCGGAUCUUCAUAUCAUUGAUGAUGUAAGUGAAUCCAAGGAGCUUUCUCAGCGAGCUUUUGAGUCAUUCUCAAAGAGCAAAAAUGCUAGCUCUUACACACAUCUUCAAAAAGCAAAGGGUGAGAACAUCAGAAAUUUUAAUAGUUCAAUGAAGAAGCCAUCUUUGGGGCGAAACGAACACAAUAGCUCAGGAAUUAUAAAGUCAUGAUCUGAAAAUAUUUCACAGAUAAUGAAUGCUACAUUCAAGGAGGAAGAUGAGAAAAAUACUGAAGAGAAUGCGUACGGUACUGAGAAAAGAGAUGACCAAGCCUAUUAUUUCUCCACGACUCGUCCAAGAAGUUCAAAACCAUAUGUGGAAGGAAAUUCUGAGUUAUCAAACCCGAAGAUAAGGGUAUCUAACAAGUCUGUGAGCAAGAGAAUGGCCUCUAAAAAAUCAUCAGUGGAGCCAUAUGAUAAAUGAGCAGAAGAAAUUAAAGAUGAAGAUCCAAAGCCAUAUAACUUCAUUUCUCAACAGAUCAAAAAUGAAGCUCUGAGUAAGCAUAAAAAUCUGGAAAAGGGCAACCAGAAUUGGCUAGUUGACAGCGAGAGUGGGAACACUCUCAGUUACAGCAAGGUUUUCGGUACUAGCUCAAGGGAAUAUGUUCAGAUUGGAGAUGUAAACAAGUUACAGACUAAGAAGCUUGAUCCAAGCCAAGAGAUGAGAAAGAAUGAGAACUAUGACAAAAUUAUAAAUUAUGAUAACCAGACAGAGAAGAAGUUCACUUCCUACAACUCUCCUGAGAAUAACUUUAAUGAGGAGGAUCAGGUCUCUAAUGACACAGAUCAUUUUAAUGAUGAAGAGUUAGGCGAGCAUGGCCGUUUCGACUCUAGAGAGGUCAGCGAAGCUUCUCAUAAUGCUACGAAAAAGAACCUGUUCCUGCAAGAGAACAUCAUAGAUCCUGAAGACCCAGGUGCAUCACUUGAGGAGGUAAAAGAGUAUGAUGAAGAGUCAGAAUCGAAGAAUUGAAGUGGCAGGAAAGAUAGCCAUAAUGCUUUAAGGUGUCAGUAGUUCUUGGUAGUUUCAUUUUCAUUGAAUUUCUAAA